UCUGAAAAAGGCACGAGCUCGUCGCCGUUUCCAGGUGACCUCACAAAACUUCUCGUCACGCGUCCGCUCCGUCCAUAGAGCAGGCACCGCAUUGGCUGUCUCCCCCGGCCCGCCCCCAGCGAACGGAGCACUCAGCCAAAGAGAACGAGCCUUGUACGAGAGCCGUGUCGCUUCUGCGGCGCGAAAGAGAGGACUGUGGACGAAUGAGUAACAUGGCGGCGCAGGUGGGAGUGUUGCCUGUCUCGCUCUCGGGCAAGUUUAAGGGAUCCUUUGCAUAUGAUACAAUUAAAGACAGGCUGCCUCAGAUCCUUACUAGAGUUAUUGAUACACUGCAUCGACAUAGGAAUGAAUUCUUUGAAGAACAUGGAGAAAAAGGUAUUGAAGCAGAGAAGAAAGCUAUAGCUUAUCUUUCCAAGUUACGUAAUGAGCUGCAGACAGACAAACAGUUGAUUGCUUUGUGUGAUAACCUGCCUGAUACUGCUCUGUGGAACCAGUACCUAGAAUAUCAGCAGAAUUUAUCAAAUGGACCACCAAGUUGGUAUAAAUCACCAUGGUUAUAUGUAGAAUGUUACAUGUAUCGUAGAAUUCAUGAGGCAUUAGUUCAAAAUCCUCUCAUAAGUGAUUUUGAUGUAUUUAAUGAAGAAAAGGUACAUGGUUUCUUUGAAUCUGAGCAAGCUAUUGUUAUUUUAACUACAUACCUCCAAGAACUGCUGAAAAAUUUAUCAGGCCUAAAUGAAAAACUUCUUCAGGUGGAAUUUUUUAAGCUUUUGCAGGUUUCACUGUGGGGCAAUAAAUGUGAUUUGUCAAUCUCAGGUGGUGAAGAUAAUUCUCAAAAGUCAGAUCCUUUGCAAUCUCUGGAAGAGUUAAAAUCUUUUAUUUUGGUGGAUCACAUGGAAAAGAUUUGGUCACUCCUUAUAAAUGAGAAGAAAAUGAAUUCACGGACCAUGACUAGAAUCGACAUAGUCCUGGAUAAUGCUGGAUUUGAGCUUAUUGCUGAUCUUGCACUAGCUGACUUUUUGGUAUCAUCAAAGCUAGCUACUGAAAUCCACUUCCACGGAAAAAGUAUUCCAUGGUUUGUUUCGGAUACUACAAAUCGUGACUUGAGUUGCACUAUUAAACAAAUGCAGUCGUCUAAUCACAAGUGGAUGUCAAAAUGUGGCGUGAGCUGGGAGGGAAACAUGAAAAAUGGGGUUUGGGUUUAUCAUGAUCAUUUUUUCUGGACUUUGCCACAUGAGUUUUCGAGCAUGGCUCAGGUUGCUCCUGAUUUGUAUGCUGAGUUGCAGAAGGCCAAUGUAAUUCUUUUUAAAGGUGAUCUGAACUAUAGGAAGUUAACAGGGGAUCGAAAAUGGGACUUCACAGUGCCAUUCCAUCAAGCCUUGAACAGUUUUCAUCCUGCUCCCCUCUGUAGCUUAAGAACGUUAAAAUCUGAUGUUCAGGUUGGAUUGAAACCUGGGCAGGGUGAACAGCUCAUGAAUACUGAACCUGAGUGGAUGGUAGUUGGGAAAUAUGGUGUAGUGCAGUUUGAUGCGGCUUCGUGAUUGGCUUAAAUUAUAUGAAGGAUAAACACCGUGCUAAAUGUUUUCAUUGCUAAUCAAGCAUGAAAGACUUGAAAGACCACUGGCUUUCAAUGGGCAUGUUCUUUUUUCUUUUAAAAAGUGUCUUAGUGUUAUUUUUAAAGUGGUAUACAAUUGCUACACUUCAGAGAUUCUGGUAUUUUUGUCCAAAAUGUCCAAAAUAUUAUUUAUUCUAUGAAAUAUUUUGCUUUAUAAUUAAAGAACUCCAGACAAUGAGAGAUACUUUAAUAACUGGCAUGUGUCAGACCUCAUCGAUUGUAGCAUACAUACAAUAGAGGUGAACAGGCUUGAAUUCCUGUAGCAGAGUCUUAUUUUAAAGCUACUUGAGUUGUCGACUGGCUAGAUCAUAAAUAAAUAAUGAUUGCUUAAAAUA